CGCCAAAUCCUCAACCGUUUGGUUCGAUUUCCCUCCUAUUGACAUUACCCAAUGGACGUUUCAUCGUUCUUCAUACGAAUUUAAAACUCACGUCUAUCUUCAAAGAUGGCACUGGGGGCGAAUGUUUUCGCUGGAGAUUUUUCCGGUCAUGUUUCAUUCCAAAUUCCGUAUCGGUUGAUCCGAAGCCGUCACAUGUUCAUAAUUUCCUAUGGCAUUCUCCCCGGUCACCCCGAUUUCUUGGAAAUUAGAUUUCUUUAGAAAUCUCAACCACUGAGAAUCAAUUGAGAUGGCGUCCUUGUCCGCCAUGUUAAAUGAUUUUUCUUGGAAAUCAAAUGUUGGUGACAAGAGGGUUUGGUCGCUUCAUUCACCGGAUUUGAAGAUUCUUUGGCUCCAAUCAGGAUGGCCACAGCUCAGCUCUCCAUGCUUCCGGGACAAUGCCAGCAUUGUUCUGCAACUAGGGUUCGUUGGAAUCCUAUUACUCCACGUCUUUUGGAACACUGUGGACUCUUUCUGCAACCGCAGAAAAAAGAAGGCGAUUACAAGCGUAGAGAAAUACCCAGUUGGGGUAAAAUUCGGCCUCUCUUACAAAGUCAGCGUUGGUUGCACCAUUUUGCUGCUGGGAACUCACAUCACAACGCUUCUGACACUGCAAAACAGAAGCGAGGCACAAUGCAAAUCAAAAGUCCCAAUUCUUACCUCAGAAAUCAUGCAAGUUGUAAUAUGGGCAAUUACAUUGUUCACACUUUACAAAAUUCCCAUCAAAAAGUACCUAAAGUUCCCCUGGAUUCUGAGAGCAUGGUGGGGCUGUACCUUCUUACUGUCCCUUGGCAGCACAAUUCUCGAAGCCCGUUCCAUGAUUUCAAACCACGCUCCCCUUAACUUCGUGUAUCUUGCUGAAAUCGUUGGACUUCUCGCAUCCACAUGCCUAUUCGGUAUAUCUAUUCGAGGGAAUACGGACAUUGUCCUCGAUGUCCCACAUGGCACUACAGACCCACUUCUCAAUAAGAAAGACGAGAAGCAUUCAGAGAGCAAAAGGUCAUCUCUAUACGGAAAAGCCACGCUAUUUCAACUCAUUACCUUCUCUUGGAUGAAUCCUUUGUUUGCAGUUGGGAUCAAAAAGCCUCUUGACAGGGAUGAAGUCCCGGAUCUUGACACCAGAGAUUCUUCUCGCAUUCUAUCACAUUCCUUUGAUGAAAGCCUAAAGCAUGUCAAGCAGAGAGAUCAAACCACAAGCCCAUCUCUCUACAAGGCGAUGUUUGUUUUCAUCAGGAAGAAAGCAGCGAUCAAUGCAUUUUAUGCAAUAAUCAGUGCAGGGACUUCGUACGUGGGCCCAUACCUUAUCAACGACUUUGUAAAUUUCCUGAACCAAAAGAAAACUAGAAGCUUAGCAAGUGGAUACCUCAUUGCAUUAGGUUUUCUGGCUGCCAAAGUGGUUGAGACGACAGCACAGAGACAGUGGAUAUUUGGGGCUCGCCAACUAGGCCUUCGGCUGAGAGCUUCUCUGACAUCUCAAAUUUACAAAAAGGGCCUCAUGUUAUCAAGCCAAUCCCGACAAAGCCGUACUAGUGGAGAGAUCAUCAACUACAUGAGUGUGGACGUUCAACGGAUGACAGACUUCAUCUGGUACUUGAACACCAUUUGGCAGCUUCCCAUACAGAUUUCCUUAGCUAUGUUUAUUUUACAUACAAAUCUGGGACUAGGGUCAUUGGUGGCCUUUGCUGCAACUUUGGUAGUGAUGGCUAUCAACGUACCCAUGACAAGGGUUCAGAAAAGGUACCAGUCUAAGAUCAUGGAGGCCAAGGACGAAAGAAUGAAGGCCACUUCGGAAGUUCUCCGUAGCAUUAAGAUUCUCAAACUCCAAGCAUGGGAUAUUCAGUAUCUUCACAAGCUAGAAAGUCUGAGGAAAACAGAAAAUAACUGCAUAUGGAAGUCGUUGAGACUAUCGGCAGUAUCAACUUUUAUCUUAUGGGGAGCACCGACACUUAUCUCUGUGGUAACUUUUGGGGCUUGUGUUGUACUGGGGAUUCCUCUAACCGCUGGACGAGUCCUGUCCGCAUUGGCAACAUUUCGGAUGUUACAAGACCCUAUAUUUAACCUACCGGAUUUGCUCUCCAUAAUUGCUCAGAGCAAAGUCUCUGCGGAUAGAUUAGCUUCUUACCUCCAAGAAGAUGAAAUUAAGUCAAAUGUCAUUGAAUUUGUUCCACAAGAUCAGACAGAAUGUGAUGUUGAAAUUCAGGGGGGAACAUUUUGUUGGGAUGACAAAUCAAGCCGCCCAAUUCUUGAAGGAAUAGGGUUAGAAGUUAAAAGAGGAAUGAAGGUGGCAAUUUGUGGCACUGUAGGAUCAGGAAAAUCGAGUUUGCUCUCAUGCAUAUUAGGAGAGAUGACGAAAAUGUCCGGUACGGUGAAAAUUAGUGGUACUAAGGCUUAUGUACCCCAGUCCCCAUGGAUACUGUCAGGGAAUGUCAGAGAGAAUAUUCUCUUUGGCAAUCCUUAUGAUAGCGCCAAGUAUGAAAGAACGGUCAAGGCAUGUGCUUUGAUAAAGGAUUUCGAGCUUUUCGGUGCUGGUGACUUGACGGAGAUUGGAGAAAGAGGGAUAAAUAUGAGUGGAGGCCAAAAACAAAGAAUCCAAAUUGCUCGCGCAGUUUAUCAGGAUGCUGACAUAUAUCUACUUGAUGACCCUUUCAGCGCCGUGGAUGCUCACACAGGCACACAACUCUUUGAGGAGUGCUUGAUGGGGAUUCUUAAGGACAAGACAAUACUCUAUGUUACUCACCAAGUUGAGUUUCUUCCUGCAGCCGACCUAAUUCUGGUGAUGCAAAAUGGAAGAAUUGCACAAGCUGGAACAUUUGAAGAACUUAUGAAACAAAAUAUCGGAUUUGAAGUGUUGGUUGGAGCUCAUAACCAAGCUCUAGAAUCUGUCCUAUCUGUUGAAAGUUCAAGUCGAGAAUCUCAAAAUGAAAUACCUGAUCCUGAUUCCACUAUUAAAGACCUCACAUCAAGUGCAGAACUCAUACAUAAUAGACAUGAGUCGGAGCAGAACCUGUGUGCAGAAGAAACAGAAAAGGAAGCUCGAUUAGUGCAGGAUGAAGAAAGAGAGAAAGGCAGCAUAGGCAAAGAAGUUUAUUGGUCUUACUUGACCAUUGUGAAGGGCGGCGCCUUGGUUCCGAUCAUCAUUCUGGCUCAAUCAACAUUCCAAGUGCUACAGAUAACAAGUAAUUACUGGAUGGCUUGGGCUUGUCCUCCCGAUGGUGGCACUGAACCGAUUGCAGGGAUGAACUAUAUAUUACUAGUUUAUACACUUCUUGCUGUUGGAAGUUCACUUUGUGUUCUGGUUCGAGCCAUGCUAGUGGCAAUAGCAGGAUGUCAGACAGCACAGAAGCUCUUUACCAACAUGCUGCAUAGUGUCUUGCGCGCUCCAAUGGCAUUUUUUGAUUCAACCCCAACAGGAAGAAUCUUAAAUCGGACAUCUACAGACCAAAGUGUACUAGACAUGGAGAUGGCACAAAGACUAGGGUGGUGUGCGUUUUCAAUAAUUCAGCUUCUGGGAACCAUUGCUGUCAUGUCACAGGUAGCAUGGGAAGUAUUUGCCAUCUUCAUUCCAGUAACAGCAAUCUGCAUAUGGUACCAAAGAUAUUACAUACCAACUGCGAGAGAACUGGCCCGCUUAGCAGGGAUACAACUAGCUCCAAUACUCCACCACUUUUCUGAAUCACUUUCAGGAGCAGCAACAAUCCGUGCUUUCGACCAAAAACACCGCUUCACUGACGCAAAUCUAAGCCUCAUUGACAACCACUCAAGGUCAUGGUUCCAUAAUGUCUCAGCAAUGGAAUGGCUUUCUUUCAGACUGAACCAAUUGUCUAAUUUUGUUUUCGCCUUCUCAUUGGUUUUACUUGUGACCCUUCCAGAAGGAAUUAUCAAUCCAAGCAUUGCAGGGUUGGCGGUAACAUAUGGAAUAAACCUCAAUGUUCUACAAGCUUCAAUUAUAUGGAACAUAUGUAAUGCCGAAAACAAAAUGAUUUCAGUUGAAAGAAUUCUUCAGUAUUCAAAUCUUCCCAGUGAAGCAGCUCUGGUGGUUGAAAAUUGCAGACUGCCAAACAACUGGCCAGAAAUUGGAACAAUUUGUUUCACAAACUUGAAGAUUCGUUAUGCUGAACAUCUACCAUCCGUAUUGAAAAACAUUACGUGCACAUUUCCGGGAAGGAAGAAAGUUGGUGUUGUUGGAAGGACAGGGAGCGGGAAAUCAACCCUCAUACAGGCAAUUUUUCGGAUCGUCGAACCAAGCCAGGGAAGCAUCAUAAUUGAUGGUAUAAAUAUUUCCAAUAUAGGCCUUCAUGAUUUGAGAUCAAGGCUUAGCAUCAUUCCACAGGACCCAACUAUGUUUGAGGGUACAGUCAGAGGAAACCUUGACCCACUAGAGCAAUACUCUGACAACGAAAUAUGGGAGGUUCUCGACAGAUGUCAACUGGGUGGUUUAGUGCGUGCGAAGGAAGAGAAACUAGAGUCUACAGUGGUUGAAAAUGGUGAAAACUGGAGCGUGGGACAAAGACAGUUAAUCUGCCUUGGAAGGGCUUUGCUAAAGAGAAGCAGCAUUCUCGUUCUAGAUGAAGCAACAGCAUCAGUUGAUUCUGCAACAGACGGAGUAAUACAGAAAAUUAUCAGUCAAGAGUUCAAAGAUCGAACAAUUGUCACAAUAGCUCACAGAAUCCAUACUGUCAUAGACAGUGAUCUUGUAUUGGUCCUUAGUGAUGGAAGAAUAGCGGAGUUCGACACACCAGCCAAGCUACUGGAAAGGGAUGAUUCUUUCUUCUCAAAACUGAUAAAAGAGUACUCCAUGAGAUCACCAGGUUUCAACGGCUUGGCAAAGUUACAUAACUAACUCUGCUUUGCAUGCUAGUUACAGAAAAACUUGCAAGGCCGCCUCAUGGAAGAGAAAUUAUCAGUUAAAAAGGUAAGACCUUAGAUAAGCAAUAACGGUUGAAUGAUCUAUCAGUGAAAACACAGGACAUUAACUGACAACCCAGUGUGAAGUAGUAUCUCUACCCGAUUGGAUUCUUAAACAGGGCACAACAAUUAUGAAAUCAUUUUUGGUUGUGACUCAAUAUCACAGAGGGUCGAACGCGAUAGCGAACAAGCUCUUCACAAGUUCGUGUGAGAUGUACGAAGAAAUUAUCAAUGAACUUUCCAGCAAUAAUGUUGGCUUGUAAUUAGUGUACAAUAAUUUUGUACCACUCGUUAUCUAUUUUGCAUCUUUCCAUCA